UUUUGUUCCUUUAUAUGGUUGUUGCUGUUGUUACAUGUGACGGAGUGCCAAUAAAUUUCUCCAAAUAUAAAUUCAUCUCCCAGCGUACGCCCUCUUAAACCCAUAAUUCCAAUUCACAACCACGAAAACCUCCGACUCCGAUCUGCUUCCCCGUUUCCUGGAUCCGAUUUCAUACAUUCACGGAAAAGCAAAGCAAUCAAUUCGCCUCGUUUUGAAAUUUAUGGCGGAAGGUCCGGCGUCUCCGGUCGACCCAGCGGCGGCGGUUAUGCCCAAGGCGUCUCGAGAUGCUGAGGCUCCGGUUUUACUGUCGGAAUCGGUGGCGAAGGACGUGAUGAUCGCGUGGUUCCGCGGCGAGUUCGCCGCCGCCAACGCCAUCAUCGAUGCUCUCUGCGGCCACCUCAUACAGUCCUUCGGAUCGGAUUACGACGCCGUUAUGGCGGCGAUCCACCGACGCAGGCUCAACUGGAUCCCGGUACUCCAGAUGCAGAAGUACCACUCGAUCGCCGAAGUGGCGGCGGAGCUGCAACAAGCGACGGCAAAGAGACUGGACAAACUCAGAGAGGCAGAGGAGAAGCUUUGCUUGGAAGACGACACGGAGAAAGUUCCCGAGAAAGCCAUGGAAAGCGAAGAAAUCGGCGGCGAGGUAGACGACGAUUCUCCUAAUAGCGACAUUACAGAUUCCGGAUCUCGAGAAGAACGUCACAACGUGGAAGAGAAUAUGACAGUAUGUUCGAACGCCGAGGGAGAAUGCGAGUCACUACGUGCUUCACCCUUCAAGUUGACAAAGCGUUUUGCGGCCAAGGAACUUGUUAGAGGCCACAGGGUGAAUGUCGUCAAAGGGUUAAAAUUGUACGAAGAUGUAUUCAGUAGCACUGAACUCUCUAAACUAUUGGAUUUUGUGAAUGAACUCCGAGAGGCUGGACGGAAUCACGCACUGCCAGGGGAGACAUUUGUAUUGUUCAACAAGAACACAAAGGGAAACAAAAGAGAGCUUAUUCAGCUGGGAGUUCCGAUUUUCGGACAUGCAAAGGAUGAGCACUCAGUUAGCAUAGAACCGAUCCCUGCUCUUCUUCAAAGUAUGAUUGAUCAUCUUGUGGAAUGGCGAGUUAUUUCAGAAUACAAACGUCCCAAUGGCUGCGUGAUCAACUUCUUUGACGAGGACGAGCACUCGCAGCCAUUCCAAAAACCACCUCACGUGGAUCAACCCAUCUCCACUCUGGUCUUGUCCGAAUCAACCAUGGUGUUUGGGCACAGACUAGGUGUUGAUAAUGACGGUAACUUCAGAGGGCCACUGACAUUGCCACUAAAAGAAGGGUCGCUGCUGGUAAUGAGGGGAAACAGCGCGGAGAUGGCGAGGCACGUCACCUGUCCAUCACCCAACAAAAGAGUCUCCAUCACUUUCUUCAAGCUCAAACCCGAUUCCAACAAUCUCCAACAGCCGCAGUCUCCGACGACCAACCAUGAUCUCGGCCUGGUAACACUCUGGCAACCAGGCACCCCAGCUCUUCCUCAUCCGACAAGAGUCUCCAUCACUUUCUUCAAGCUCAAACCCGAUUCCAACAAUCUCCAACAGCCGCAGUCUCCGACGACCAACCAUGAUCUCGGCCUGGUAACACUCUGGCAACCAGGCACCCCAGCUCUUCCUCAUCCGACGCCCAACCACUGCCCUGUGGUCAUACUGGCUCGGGCCCCCCCCGCCACGUUGAGCCCCAGGGGAGGAGUCGGAACUGGAACGGGAGUUUUCUUGCCGUGGACGGCACCUCCAAGAAAACCAGGGAAGCAUCUCCCGCCGCGUGCACAGAGGCUGCGUCUUCUCAGUAACUGAGCGGGACCAGAGCAGAGCAAGAUACUUUUGGUGUUUUUGGCUUUAGAUUGGGUUUCCGUCGUGGUAUACGUGUCUCUCCUUUGCCUUUUGUUUUUGUUUUAUAUAUGAUUUUUCUUCGAUUGAUAUCUCUGAGAUUAAAGAUAGGGUAAACAGAGCACGCACAUGUUCUUCUUCAAUACAGAGGAUCGCUGUGGAUUGAGUUUUUGCUGUC